CGCUCGCGGACGAGGGCGGGCCUCGCCUGCUGCAGGUACAGCGGGCCGUCCUCGCGGCCCGGAGCCCAGGGGCCGCGCCUCGGGAGGCUACCGGCGGCAGGUCGGGCCCGCGGGGAUUUGGAGACGGCUGGCGCCGCGCCCGCCGGUGGCUCUCCCGGGCCCUGAGGCCGCGCCUCCUCCCGGAACUGGCAGGCGCGGCGCGGCGGGAGCGCGGCCGCCGAGCGCCGGGGCCAUGGAGGACCUUCCCGCGGGCGGGGCCCGGCCGGGGCGCGGGGCGCCGGAGGAGACCCCUGGAGUGUCCCCGACCCCACUGCUGCACGGGGUGCCGCCGGCGGAGCAGGCCGAGGAGGACCCGGAGCCCGGCGAGCCGCGGGCCGGCCCGAGGAGCCGCACGGCGUCCCUGGUGAGCGGGCUGCUCACCGAGCUGUACAGCUGCACCGAGGAGGAGGAGGCGGCCGGCGGGGGCCACGGGCCGGGGAGGCGCCAGCAGCGCCGCGACAGCCUCGACAGCUCCACGGAGGCCUCGGGCUCCGACGUGUUCCUGGGCGGCCGCGGCGGCGCCGGCGACUCCCGCGUGCUGCAGGAGCUGCAGGAGCGGCCGAGCCAGCGGCACCAGAUGCAGUACCUGCGGCGGAAAGACACUAAUGAACUGAAGGCAAUCCUUCAGGAGCUAAAGUACAGAAUUGGCAUUCAGUCGGCAAAGUUACUUCGGCAGCUGAAGCAGAAAGAUAGGCUUCUGCAUAAAGUACAGAGAAACUGCGAUUUUAUGACCGCGUGCUUGCAGGCCGUGUCACAGAAGAGAAGAGUUGACACAAAGUUGAAGUUCACUCUUGAGCCAUCUUUAGGUCAGAAUGGUUUUCAGCAGUGGUAUGAUGCUCUCAAGGCCGUUGCCAGACUAUCAACAGGAAUACCAAAGGAAUGGAGAAGAAAGGUUUGGUUGACUUUGGCAGAUCAUUAUUUGCACAGUAUAGCCAUUGACUGGGACAAAACCAUGCGUUUCACUUUCAAUGACAGGAGUAAUCCUGAUGAUGACUCAAUGGGAAUUCAGAUUGUCAAGGACCUUCACCGCACAGGCUGCAGUUCUUACUGUGGCCAGGAGGCUGAGCAGGACAGGGUGGUGCUGAAACGGGUCCUGCUGGCUUAUGCCCGGUGGAACAAGAAUGUUGGGUACUGCCAAGGCUUUAACAUCCUGGCUGCGCUGAUUCUGGAAGUAGUCGAAGGCAAUGAAGGGGAUGCUCUGAAAAUUAUGAUUUACCUUAUUGAUAAGGUGCUUCCUGAAAGCUAUUUUGUCAAUAAUCUGCGGGCAUUGUCUGUGGACAUGGCUGUCUUUAGAGACCUCUUGAGACUGAAGCUCCCGGAGUUGUCUCAGCACCUGGAUAUUCUUCAGAGAACUGCAAACAAGGAAAGUGGAGGUGGAUAUGAGCCCCCGCUCACGAAUGUCUUCACAAUGCAGUGGUUUCUGACUCUCUUUGCUACGUGCCUCCCUAACCAUACAGUUCUAAAGAUUUGGGAUUCAGUCUUCUUUGAAGGCUCAGAAAUCAUCUUAAGGGUGUCGCUGGCUAUCUGGGCAAAAUUGGGAGAUCAGAUAGAAUGUUGUGAAACAGCAGAUGAAUUCUACAGCACCAUGGGGCGCCUUACCCAGGAGAUGCUAGAGAAUGACCUUCUGGAAAGCCAUGAACUCAUGCAGACUGUUUAUUCUAUGGCUCCAUUCCCUUUCCCGCAAUUGGCAGAGUUGAGGGAAAAAUACACCUACAACAUUACACCAUUCCCAGCCACGGUCAAACCCAUCUCCAUUUCUAGACGACAUGGUAAGGUCAGAGACAGUGAUGAGGAGAAUGAUCCAGACGAUGAAGAUGCUGUUGCUAAUGCAGUGGGGUGUCUUGGACCUUUCAGUGGACUCCUGGCACCUGAACUGCAGAAAUACCCAAAGCAAAUUAAAGAACCAAACGAAGAGCAGAGUCUGAGGUCUAAUAACAUUGCAGAGCUGAGUCCAGGAGCAAUCAAUUCGUGUCGAAGCGAGUACAACGCAGCUCUGAACAGCAUGAUGAUGGAACGCAUGACCACCGACAUCGACGCACUGAAGCGGCAGUAUUCUCGCAUCACGAAGAAACAGCAGCAGCAGGUUCAUCAGGUGUACAUCAGGGCAGACAAAGGGCCAGUGACCAGCAUUCUCCCAUCUCAGGUAAACAACUCUCCAGUUAUAAACCACCUUCUUUUAGGGAAAAAGAUGAAAAUGUCAAACAGAGCUGCCAAGAAUGCUGUCAUCCACAUCCCUGGUCACACAGGAGGCAAACUAUCUCCUGUCCCCUACGAAGACCUCAGGACGAAGCUCAAUUCUCCCUGGCGAACUCACAUCCGCGUCCACAAAAAGACCAUGACGAGGACAAAGAGUCAGCUGGGCUGCGGGGACACCAUCGGGCUGAUAGAGGAGCAGAACGACGGCCGCAGGAGUAACAGCCUGGGGGCAGGAGAGGCCUUCUCCUCGGACUGCGGGGCGACAGCUCGGCGACAAGGCAGUGGCUCAGAAGGCGGCCUGGGGAGGACAGUGGAAGGGCAGCCCCCGGAGCCAGCGUUUGCCGAUGCCGGCGCCGAUGUGUCUGCAGUCCAGGUGAAGUUAGAAGCCCUGGAACUGAACCAAAGGGAUGCCGUUGCUGAGCCCCAGCCCACGCUGUGCCCGCCCUGCCCGCGUCACCUCCCAGAGCUGCCCCGUGCAUCUGGAGAAAACCAAGUCGCCAGCAAACUGCCCCCCGGCAGCCACCCCAAGACACCCAUCUUUAGCCCCUUUCCCAGCAUCAAGCCACUGCGGAAGUCAGCCACCGCCAGGAAUUUGGGGUUGUAUGGUCCCACAGAGAGAACCCCGACCGUGCACUUUCCUCACAUGAGCAGGAGCUUCAGCAAAUCCAGCAGUGGAAGCAGUGGCAGUAAGAAACGGUGAUGUCUCCGAAACGGAAUCUAGAUUCACCUUUUCUUGGUGGAAUAAGGGUUCCAGCAGGAUGGCUCCAAGAAUGUCAGUUGUCCAGUGGAAAUGAAUAGACAGGUUCAGCAAUGUGCAACAGUCCAUUAAAAUGGGAAUUGGAGUUUUCUAAUGGGAGCUAGAAUAGGGAUGUUUUCCCAUCCACUUAUAACUGACACAGUGGAUUUUUGUGGCAAAAUAAAUCUUGUGGUUUUAAAGUGUGAAGUUUUUCCAGGUUUUCACUGUGAACUGUUUAGAAAAGACUGUGUAUCUGAACUGUUAACCCCUCUUCCUUCCUCCUGUUCUGAGGGCCUGCACAGUCCCUGUGACAUUACCCCCAGCCUUCCAGUUUUCUGGGUGUUAUUGAUACUCAAGCAUGCCCACACUAGCUUGCUAGAACAGAAACUGUAAAAAGAAAGUAAGUUUCUUCGUUGCAAAAAAAACUUCCUGAUUGUCCUCCUCAUGUCCUGUUGGGGAGAAUGUUUGUGUGUGUGUGCGUUUCUUCAGCAGUUUCUUUCAACCGGCCUCGAAAUUGUUUUUAUUCUUAUGCUAAAGUGCAGGAGAAAAAUCCAGAUAGCCUUUCUUUCAUUUCCUAUUUCUACCUGCAAAAUGAAGACCUGUAUCUGUUGAAAUUUAGGUUGAUCAUGAACUUGAAGAUCUUAUGCAGAAAACACAGAUGGAUGAGCACUAAGCAAUUGUUCUGAGCAGCUUGCUGAUUCCACUAAGCUUUUCCUGAGGUUCCCUUUCUUGUAAGGAAGUUUUGGUCCUCAGUGUUAGGAUGGCUUGAUGAGCUCUGCGUGGAGCACAUCCUACCUCCUCCACCAUGCAGCUCGUUUCUCUACCAGCUCUCCACAGCAGAUGCAGUAAGGCCUUUGCUCCAAAGCCAGAACAUAGCAACUGCAGCUUUUUACUUGAAUUUUGUGCUUUUUUGAUUGGGUACUCUGUUACUUGAAUACCGCCUUUCUCUGGAGAAGGCAUUUGUGCUCUCUAGCUCCCUCUCACCCACUCCUCCCUCCGCCCCAGCGGGUCAGAGGCAGCACUCUUAUUUCCACUACGCAGAUGGGAACUGAGCCACACAGAGGUGAAGCAGUGCUUCACACACUCAAGGUAAAUAUUCCUGGUAUUCAAUGUGACUUAGCCACAUCUCCUCCGGAGCAGUCGGUGUGGGUUCAAUGCUUUUUGUGCUCAGAAGGAUUGGCUGUAUAGGUUCUGAAAAACCAAGACUGGGAAGCCGUUCAUUCACUACAUUCCCCCCUGACUCAAAGGACCUUUCUCCAGGUGCUGGGCAGUCCCGUGAUAGUGUUUCACAGAACCAGAUUCCCUGCAGAUGUAGUUCAUUUAAAAAAUGCCUUCUGCAACUGUAACUCAGCUGAACAGAAAGUUCAUUCCUCAAUCUGCAGCUACCACCAUCAUUAGAAAAAUAGAUUCAGCAUCUUUAACCUCAUCUCUGGAAGAGCGUGUUCAUGCCUGCAGGCAUAUUGUUGAUGCAGCCCGUAAUAAUUUGGGCUGCUUGGAUUGCUAAUCCUGAAGCCAAGACUACAGUUUUAGAGAGGGCUUUUACUAUGAGAGGUAUUAAUUUUCAUAAUAAAAUAGACUAUCGUUGCAUGGGCUUUUUUAAACAGACAACACAAGAAUGACAAAUACAGUGAGAAAAGCCAGUUUAUCCCUUUUUUGGUAUUUUUAUCCCCCAGGGAACCGAAGAUGGAAAACGUGACUGAAAAGUUAUUGCAGUUUGGGUCUUGAAUUCUGUGCCAUUUGAAGUUAGCAUGUAGCUUCUUAAAAAGCAGCCACACCCACAACCUGGUCUUGGGAAGGGUGUAGGUGUGAGUUGGGCUCACUUUGAAUACCGCCCUCGGGAGGAGACCCAUUGCAUAUUCUAAAGUUAGGCAAGUGUCAUGAUUUUCUUCCAUCUGCUAAACCUACAGAUAAGAAUGAUUCCACCUUAUAUUCUUUUCUCCUCACCCGUCUCAAACGAGUCAGAUUAGUCAUGUUCCCCUUGAGGAUUGUGUGACUUGAAUAGAGAAAUGUUCUUUUCUCUCCUGAGUCAGCUCACAGCUCUCUGAGGGUCUGGGUUCAGGGAGAUGGGUAAUGGGGUGGAGGCCACUCACUACAGGCCCUGGAAUUGUGCCAUUGCUGUCUGCCAGUGGUCUGGGGGUAGCGCAUGCCUUCCUUUUCACCAGCGCUGCUCUUCCUGAGAAAGGGGUGGAUGAGAUUGCACAUAGUUUAGGAUGAGUGUUUGUUGAAUGAAUGAAUAACUCAAAGGAUGAUAAUCCUUUGUGGUAAAAGUGAUCUUGUCAGGAAUUUAAAAGCUGACAGGUUCCUAUUAGAGCACUCUCUGUACCAGUAAUGUGCAUGCAUUGUACUGUGUAAUCACAAUGUGGAUUGGUCAAUUUAUGAUCCUCACCUACCUUAGAAAAUAAAUCUGCAGUAGUCUACCACAUAGCAUGUACAAAGACCCAUAUGGACUCGUCAUCUUUCCUAUGUAUUGGACACUAUGCAAGUGCCAGAAGUACUUACCAAGUAGCCGUUUCUUUUUUUUUAGAUAUGUCUGUACCUGUUGGCACCAACACUGGCAGUUGACUCUUUGCAUUGCCUCUGCGCCUCAGUCCUCUUACAGAAGCCUCCAGAUGAUUUAAACCUAAUGUGUCAUGUUGGCCUGUGGGCUGUAACUA